GCCGGUGACGCUGGCGGGUCAGUCGAGUUGACUUUGCGCUGUGUGGAAAGUCGAAGCAGGCUAGCUGCUGUUUUCUCUCUUUAUUUUGAGAUAAAACAACAAGUGCGCACGUUUUGACGUUUCAAGGUCGACACAGUGUGACGUUAACUAACGAAACACCACCAAAGCGCAGAACCUUCCUGGACGAAUCCGCCCCAGCGGUCACCGUUUAGCUCUGAGGCUAAUGAGUUAGCGUUAGCUCAGUCGGCUAAGCUAAAGUGAAAGCGAGCUGUGGUCGGGAUGUCCCGUCACCUGGCCGGCGGGGUCUGAGGCACUGAGAUGGUCGUGUUUCUCCGCGAAUGUCGAGCAGCUUAGCGAAGGUUUGAGUGCAGCAGUGAUGUUCAGAAAGGUGGUGUGCGCCCGGUGGUUCAGCCUCCAUAAGCUGUCCUGGGCUGGCGGCUCUCUAAAGCCCGCCCUGGUAAAGGAUGGAAGUCUCAGGACACUCAGCACUUCAGCCAGAAGAAGCACAGUAAUGCAAGCCUGGGUCAUAGAUAAAUAUGGCAAUAACAGCGUGUUGAGAUAUACCAAAAAUGCCUCAUUCCCAAUUAUUCACUACCCAAACGAGGUCAUUGUGAAAGUCAAUGCAGCUGGCCUCAACCCCCUUGACAUAAACAUGAGGGGUGGCUAUGGGGCUGCAACCCUGGCCAUGAAGCGUGACCCUCUGAGCAUCAACAAAGCAGGCAGCGAGUUUCCCCUGAUCCUGGGUCGUGAUGUAUCUGGGGUGAUUAUGGAGUGUGGGCUGGACGUGUCCUACUUCAAGCCAGGAGAUGAGGUGUGGGCUGCUAUUCCUCCCUGGAAGCAGGGCAGUCUGGCAGAGUUUGUGGUGCUCAGUGCUAAUGAGGUGUCACACAAGCCCAAAUCGCUGAGUCAUGUGGAUGCAGCGUCUCUCCCAUACGUAGCCGCCACUGCCUGGUCUGCUCUCGUCAACACAGGUGGCCUCAACAAAGACAACAGUGCCAAAAAGCGUGUUCUCAUCCUCGGAGGUUCAGGAGGAGUUGGAACCUUUGCCAUACAGAUGCUGAAGUCAUGGGGCGCACAUGUAACAGUCACAUGCUCUCAGAAUGCUGAACACCUUGUAAGAGGUCUUGGAGCUGAUGAUGUUGUGGACUACACUGCAGGGCCUGUGGAGAGGAAGCUACACACUCUGGAAAAGUUUGAUGUGAUUCUGGAUAAUAUUGGUGGAGAGACUGAACAUUGGGCCCUAAGCUUACUCAAACCCUGGUGUGGUGCUAAGUACGUUACCUUGGUAACCCCCUUCCUGCGCAACACAGAUCAACUGGGCCUUGCUGAUGGAAUGAUGCAGACUGCUGUCACCGUAGCAACCAAAGCUCUGAAGCACAUAACUAAAGGCGUCCAUUAUCGAUGGGGGUUCUUCGCUCCGAGUGGCCCAGCGCUGGACGACGUCAGCGAAAUGGUGGAUGCAGGAAAGAUCCGUGCUGUCGUGGAGGAGCAGUUUUCCUUCGCUCAGGUGCCUAAGGCCUUCGAGAAAGUGGAGAAGGGCCACGCCCGAGGAAAAAUCGUAGUUACCGUUACUACGGAGCAAGAAGAGUGACCAUGGCAACAGAAAUGGGAGAAAUGGUAAACUCACUGAUGGCUUCAGUCAUGUCACCUUGGAAACUACGAGCAGGUUUUAAAGACACAGAUUGAGCCUCGCUUGCAUCUAAAUUACACCAUCAGUGAUUAUCCGUAAGAAUCGCCCGUCAGAGUUAGAAGCCCAGGGCUGUCGCUUCCUGCUGUCUGUUACUGCUGCCAGUACCUGCACUGUUAUGGGGCUUAGCUCACUCCUCAUGGCCACUGCUCUGAUGAAAGUAACUGAACAUCAUGCCAGUUGCAGCACACACUGUGGGACCUGUAUUUCUCCUGUUAGCCUAAAUUCACCUUUUUCACUCUUUUGAAUGGUAAUAGGAUUUUGAAGUAACUGUCAUGUUGUAUUAAGUCUGUAUUGGGAGUGUAAAUGAUAUAAAUAACUCGUAUGCAGGCAUUUCAUAUCGCCAUUUCCAAUCGCUUCCACUUGGGGUGUCUCAAUAUUGAUUAUGGAUGAAAAAUCAGGGAAAUAAAACAUUUUAUUCGUAA